AGUAUCAGUUAUGAUCAUUUGGUAUCAGUAUAUUUGAAGUAGUAAGUGUCAGAACAUGUAAAUAGUGUCAGGUGAUUGAAAUCAUUAGUGAUUUUCAGUUUCGUGAUGUAUUUUUUGUUUGUGGAUUCGUUCUGAUACUCUUCUGACACAUUUAUUAUAAAUGACAGGAAUAUCAACAAUGUCAGAAAGAAUUCCAUCUAAUCAACCGCAGCCUAUUGUUAAGAUAGGUCAUUACACACUUGGGCAAACUUUGGGUGUGGGAACAUUUGGUAAAGUGAAAAUUGGAGAACAUGUUCUAACAAAGCAUAAAGUUGCUGUAAAAAUUCUGAAUCGUCAGAAAAUUAAAAGUCUGGAUGUAGUUGGAAAAAUUCGAAGAGAAAUACAAAAUCUUAAACUUUUUAGACACCCUCAUAUUAUUAAGUUGUAUCAAGUCAUAAGUACACCCACAGACAUAUUUAUGAUAAUGGAGUAUGUAUCUGGUGGAGAGCUGUUUGAUUAUAUCGUGAAGCAUGGAAAACUUAAAGAAUACGAGGCACGAAGAUUUUUCCAACAGAUUAUUUCUGGUGUUGAUUAUUGCCACAGGCACAUGAUAGUUCAUCGUGACUUGAAACCAGAGAAUCUUCUGUUAGAUCAUAAUCUACAUGUAAAAAUAGCAGAUUUCGGUUUAUCAAACAUGAUGAUGGAUGGAGAGUUCUUACGUACUUCUUGUGGUUCUCCUAAUUACGCGGCACCGGAAGUAAUUUCGGGUAAACUUUAUGCUGGUCCUGAAGUAGAUAUUUGGUCUUGUGGUAUAAUACUGUAUGCUCUGCUUUGUGGUACUUUACCAUUUGACGAUGAACAUGUACCGACACUUUUUCGCAAAAUCAAAUCUGGAAUUUUCCCCAUUCCAGAAUACCUAAAUAAAACUGUUGUCAGCCUUUUAUGUCAUAUGUUGCAAGUAGAUCCUAUGAAAAGGGCCACCAUCGAAGAUAUCAAAAAACAUGAAUGGUUCCAAAAGGAUUUACCUUCAUACUUAUUCCCGUCGCCCGUUGAACAAGAUUCUUCUGUAAUCGAUAUAGAUGCUAUAAACGAAGUUUGUGAGAAAUUUAAUGUAAAGGAAGCAGAAGUUCAUUCUGCAUUACUAGGGGGAGAUCCCCACGACCAAUUGGCAAUUGCCUAUCAUCUGAUAAUAGACAAUAAAAGAAUUGCGGAUGAAGCCGCUAAAGCGGAGUUAAAAGAUUUCUAUGUGGCAUCUAGUCCACCUCCUGUUGCUUUUAGUCCCAAUGAUUCUAAUAAUAGCCCUCUAAGACCACAUCCAGAGAGAAUAGCACCAUUUCGAGAACGGCAGAGUUCUCAAGGGAGCACAUCAUCUCAGACACAAGGUAAUCGUGGUACUCCCGUAAAACGGGCUAAAUGGCAUUUAGGAAUCCGUUCACAAUCUAAACCUAAUGACAUCAUGAAUGAAGUCUAUCGUGCUAUGAAAGCCCUCAAUUUUGAAUGGAAAAUCAUAAAUGCUUACAGUGUUAGAGUACGCCAAAGAAAUAAAUUAGCUGACAAGUAUAGCAAAAUGUCAUUGCAACUUUACCAAGUUGAUUAUAAAAGUUAUUUGCUGGAUUUCAAGUCUCUGUCCAGUGAAGAAGGAGAGGAUAUAGGACGAGACCCUACGCUUCCACCGCCUCAAGCAACAGGUCACCAUACAAUGGAAUUCUUUGAAAUGUGCGCGGCAUUAAUCACACAAUUGGCUCGAUAAAUUUGUUACACAAUACGAGGCGUUGUUUUCCCAGAAUUGUGUUAACCAAAACUGCUGUCAAGUUUUAUUUUAAUUACAACACAUACCAUACAAUACCUAGGAUAAUGGGUUCUUUUAAAGAAAAUACAAAUGAAUAUCAGUUUCUCGAAGAAGUUAAGUACAGGCAAAUGAGAAAACAAUAAAUUUAUGAAAAG